AUGACUGCCUCUAGUGAAUUUGUCUCUAUGCAAGAGAUAGGGAAGGCCAUCGAUGAAUCUCAGAAGCAACCACCAGCUCCAGUACAGCAACAUCCACACCCACGAACAGAGCAUCAGGCACCUCGCAAGAAUCUGCAUGGUAGAAAGACUUCAGGGAAGUACACUUUGAAUGAUUUUCAAAUUUUAAGGACUCUUGGGACAGGUUCCUUUGGUAGAGUGCAUCUAAUUCGGUCAAAUCACAACGGCAGAUUUUAUGCAUUGAAAGUGUUAAAGAAACACACUAUUGUUAAGUUGAAACAAGUAGAACAUACAAAUGAUGAAAGACUAAUGCUUUCUGUAGUGUCACAUCCAUUUCUGGUAAGGAUGUGGGGGACAUUUCAAGAUUUUGAACAAGUGUUUAUGAUUAUGGAUUACAUUGAAGGUGGUGAGUUAUUUUCUCUAUUGAGAAAGUCACAAAGAUUCCCCAAUCCGGUAGCGAAGUUCUAUGCUGCAGAAGUUUGUUUAGCAUUGGAAUAUUUGCAUAGUAUGGAUAUAAUAUAUAGAGAUUUAAAACCUGAGAAUAUCCUACUGGACAAGAAUGGCCAUAUUAAGAUUACAGAUUUUGGAUUCGCCAAAUAUGUGCCCGAUAUUACUUAUACUUUGUGUGGUACGCCCGAUUACAUUGCACCUGAAGUAGUCAGUACGAAGCCUUACAAUAAAUCAGUAGAUUGGUGGAGUUUUGGUAUAUUAAUUUAUGAAAUGCUUGCAGGUUAUACUCCAUUUUACGAUUCCAAUACAAUGAAAACGUAUGAAAAUAUAUUGAACUGCAAACUAAAGUUCCCCAAUUUUUUUCAUGAUGAUGUAAAGGAUCUACUUUCGAAAUUAAUUACAAAGAAUUUAACCGAAAGAUUGGGUAACUUACAAAAUGGUAGUGAAGAUGUCAAGAGACACCCAUGGUUUAGCGAAGUCAUUUGGGAAAAACUACUGUCCAGAAAUAUUGAAACGCCAUACGAACCACCCAUUCAACAAGGACAAGGUGAUACAUCUCAAUUUGAUAGAUACCCUGAAGAAGAGAUUAAUUAUGGUGUCCAGGGAGAGACUGAAGAUCCUUACCAUGAUUUAUUCAAAGAUUUUAAAUUUAACAUCAAUUUAACGUUAUGUAACAGGUUUGUAAUGAGAAUUCACGAAUUAUCGAUGAUAAGGGGAAGUAGGCUUUGUUUGCGAUAUUGA